GGAUUUAAACUUGUGGUAGAAUGUGAACGAUGUAUGCCAAAAAAUAUUUUAUCAUGUCAACAAAUUGGCAGAAUGUAUGAACUAAAUCGGCGGUUAAUUUUUGUUAUGCGAGUAUUGGGUUUGGGUCUUGCUGGAUGCAAAAAGUUUUGCAGUUUGAUGGAUCUAAGCAGCUCCUUAUUGAAUCAAUCAACAUACGACUUUUAUGUUAAUAAAAUACAUGAAUGUAUUAUCAUAGUUACUGAGAAACUGUUCUCCUCUGCUGCUACAGAGGAAAAGCAAUUGACAAGUUUAGCAAACAACAUGGAAGAUACGACAGAUGUGACUGUCUCCGGUGGUGGGACGUGGAAAAAGCGUGGUUUUGCAUCACUUUAUGGUGUCAGUUCUCUAAUCGGAUAUCACUCAGGAAAAGUCUUGGAUGUCAUUGUUAAAUGUUCAUACUGUAAACUAUGCGAGUCUUGAAAAAAAAAUUAAAAACGGCAGAAUUUGAAGAGUGGAAAGAAAAACACUUCGAAAAUGAACAAUGUACCGCCAAUCGCACUGGAGCAUCUGGAAACAUGGAAGUAUCUUCAAUUAUUUAAAUGUUUAAACGUUCUAUUGUAAAACAUGGCUUGAGGUACGUAAAUUAUAUAGGAGAUGGGGAUUCUAAAACAUACUCUGGUAUUCUCAAAGCCAAACCUUAUGGUGAAAAUUUUGUUGUCAAUAAGAAAGAAUGCGUUGGCCACGUACAGAAGAGGAUGGGAACUGUUGAGGAAAAAAUAGUCAAUGGCAAAAAAACUCCAAAAAAAAUUCUUUUUGGUAAAGGUAAAUUGACUAGUAAAUUGAUUGACAAAUUAACUGUAUGUUAUGGCUUAGCGAUAAGAAGAAACAGUGAUUCAGCUGAUAAAAUGAGGGAUGCGAUAUGGGCAACUUACUACCACUUCAGUUCUACACACAAAAACCCGCAGCAUCAAAAUUGCCCUGAAGAUCCAGACACGUGGUGCACCUGGCAGCGAGCAUCAGCAUCAGGUACUCUCUCAUCGUUCGAACACCAAUAUACUCCAUUACCAGAUGAUGUUUUAACUGCAAUGAAACCAAUUUAUGAAGACCUGAAUAAGGAUGAGCUUUUGGAGCGGUGUGUUGGAGGAUUUACACAAAAUAACUAUGAAAGUUUCAAUCAGUUGAUUUGGAAAAUUUCUCCCAAAAUACUUCCAGCUGGGUCGAUAAUCGUUCAAAUUGCUGCAUUAAUCGCUGCUUGUAUUUUCAAUGAAGGGAUAUCAGCAUUAUUAUUAAUUAUGCACGGUAUAGACCUAAAACUUGGUCCAAAUUCGCAUGAAUAUGCCCGAAACAUGGAUGAAAACCGGUUCAUUAUUGCUCUACAGUUUAAGUUCUAUUCUCUUUCUACAAAACGUAUAGUGCAAGUAAAUACCGCAAAUGGUAAAAUUACUUUUCACGAUCACUAUUGGAUUUUACUCGUUUUUGGAAUUUUUACCAAUCCUAUAAUUCGUUACUCUCCAAAAUUUAGUGAAUUGAAAACCACAAAGAAUAUUCAAAAAAUGAAUUUCUAUGUAUAUAUAUACAUAUAUUUACUUUUAUUUACCGAAAUGUAUUAUAUUUAUUUUUAAAUCUAUUUUAGUCUAAUGUGAAUAAAUUACGAAUGCCGUUUGUACGACAAGAAACGUUUUUCUUUAACAUUUGACUUCGCAAAUUACGUUUGUCCACAAAUAAACACAUUUUAAAUAUACGCAUAUGUGUAUAAUUUACAUAAUCGUUUGUAUAUAAAUUAAUGUACUUUUUGAAUUGUUUUUUCGUUCUCUAUUCAACCCUAUUUAUAUAAAAUUAACGACCAGCAUUAUAUUACAUAUGUAUAUGUAUACUUGUCACUUUUUUACUAGUUUUGUAUUUACAAACUGCGUUUUCAUAACUGAA